GCAGAGGUCGGGGCGGGCCGGAGGGAGAGCGCCUCCUUUCCGUGCCCAGUUGGAUUCAUUUAAGUUUCCCUCUCUGGAGCCCCGCGGGCCGCCCGGGCUGCAGCCCCAGUGGGCGUUGGCGACACCCCGAGAUUGGGCGCCCGCGCUCGGCGCCUCCGCCCGGGCACCGCCCGCCACCAGGCCCGGCCCCGGGGGCGCGGCCGCCCGGCUUCCGUGUGCCCCAGGGGGCUCCGGGCCGCGAGCCGCCGCCGAAUGGCUUUUGACAAAAAACCCUUGACCACCAAGGCCAGCCUCUUCCUGAAAGCCCCGCUCGUUGCGAUACAGGAAGUGGAAGGGAGCGAGCGCCCCAGAGCGCGGCGGCGGCGGCUUCCCCAGUCGGCGCGGGGCUGGCGGCGGCGCCGGCCCGGGCCCAUCCCGAGGGCCAGCGCCAGGGACAUGUGGGCGCCGGGGGCACCGCGUUCCGCGCCGCCCGGCGCCUGAGUCCGUCCCAGCACCGACCCCGAGCUGCCGGCGGCAUGAUCCGACGGGCCGGGGCGCCCGCGCGCGGGGACCCCCAGGGUCCUUCUCCAGAUGUCGGCAAAGGAGAGGAAGAGGGGAAGGAGGGCCGAGCCGGGCUUUGUCCGCCAGCCGUCCCCAAGAACUGCCUUCCUCGCCGCGGCAUCAGCGUCCUGGAGAAGCUGGUCAAAACGUGCCCCGUGUGGCUGCAGCUGGGGCUGGCCAGGUCAGAGGCGGCCAGGAUCCUGCACCGGGAGGUGGCGGGGAUGUUCCUGGUCCGCAGGGACAGCAGCUUGAAGCGCCUGGUGCUCUGUGUCCACUUUCCUUCCCUGAAUGACAGCUCCUCCCAGGUGCUCGAGUACACCAUCAAAGAAGAGAAAUCGCUAUUAUACCUGGAAGGCUCCGUGCUUGUGUUUGAGGACAUCUUCAGACUGAUUGCAUUCUACUGUGUCAGUAGAGAUUUACUGCCCUUCCCACUGCGGCUGCCCCAGGCCAUCCUUGAGGCCAGCAGCUUCACGGACCUCGAGACCAUCUCCAACCUGGGCCUGGGCUUCUGGGACUCCUCGCUGAACCCCAGGCGAGGACGCAGGAGCCCCGCCGAGCCCCCCAGAGAGCCGGCCCCCGGGGCCCCCACGGCCCCCAGCCUCAGGUCCCCGGCCCGCUACGAGAACUGUUCCUGCGAAAUCGAGCUGUCCUCGGGGAGCGACCGACUGUGGCUGGUGAACCCCAUGUUCAUCGAGGACUGCGGCAGCACCCUGCCCACCGACCCGCCGCUGGGCAGCUGCCCCUUGCGCCCUCUGCCUGGCGCCCCUGACACCGCCUCGCCCACCUGCAAGUGGGCCCCGUGCCGCCCGCCGCCCCCGCCCCCCACCGGCCCAGCCCGGCCACCUGCGCUCCCGGGCCCUGCCUGUCCCCCGCCCGCUUCUCCCGCAGCACCAGCCCCCCACCCUGCACCCCAGCCCCCAGGCCCCCCGGACCAUCCGAGCCAGCCGCCAAUGGCCGCCUGCGAGAGGCUCCCACGGCCUGCGGCCAGCCUGGGCCCCCUCAGGGAGGAAGAGGCGAAGCCGAGGACAGCCCCCAGCCCCUUGCAGCCGGCCCAGGCCCCUCCGCUGCCCCUGAAGAAGAGCCUCCCGGCUGCCCCUCCCAGACGGCGCAUCUCUGAGCGGGCGUCCCUGGAAGGCCAGAGUGCAGGGCUGGCAGAGGGGGACCCGCCAGGCCUCUCCAGGGCAGCCCCACUCAGCCCACCUGCCCAGGGGACAUCAGACAGCCCUGGAGACAGGCCUCAGAGGACCACAGAGCAAGGCCAAGAGGCAGAGGCCAAAGCCAGUGAGCCGGGCAGCAAGCCAGAACCUCCCAGGAAGGCCCGACAACCCCCGGUCCCGCCCCCCAGGAAGAAACGCAUCUCCAGGCAGCUGGCCUCAGGCCUCCCGAGUCCCCUGGAGAGUGCGGAGCAUCCCUCGCAGGAGGCGGCCCCGGAGAAACCCACGCCCAGUGCCCCCAGAGAAGGCCAGAGUCCGGCCCCGCCGGCUGGGACACAGCACCUCCAUGCGCAGACCAGCGCCUAUCCCCAGAGCCCUUCAGAGUUCAAGGGCUCCCUGGCCUCCCUCUCGGAGAACCCCGGGACGCCUCUUUCGGCCGCCGACCAGGACUCCUACUCCACCAGCAGCGCCGAGGAGGAGCUGGAGUUCGGCAGCCCCAGCGUGAAGAAGAAGCCCUCCAUGAUCCUGGACAAGGCCCGGCACCGGCUGAGCUUCGCCAGCUUCACCAGCGUCUUCCACGCCUUCCUGUCCAGCGACCGCAAGCUGUACAAGAAGGUGGUGGAGCUGGCGCAGGACAAGGGCUCGUACUUCGGCAGCCUGGUGCAGGACUACAAGGUGUACAGCCUGGAGAUGAUGGCGCGGCAGACCUCCAGCACCGAGAUGCUGCAGGAGAUCCGCACCAUGAUGACGCAGCUCAAGAGCUACCUGCUGCAGAGCACCGAGCUCAAGGCCCUGGUGGACCCCAGCCUGCACUCCGAGGAGCAGCUCGAGGCCAUCGUGGAGUCGGCCUUGUCCAAGUGCGUGCUGAAGCCCCUGAAGGAGGCCGUCAACGCCAGCCUGCACGAGAUCCACACCCGGGACGGCUCGCUGCAGCAGCUCAAGGACAACCAGCUGGUGAUCCUGUCCACCACCACCACGGACCUGGGCGUGACCACCAGCGUGCCCGAGGUGCCCGUCAUGGAGAAGAUCCUGCAGAAGCUGUGCAGCAUGCACAAGGCCUACUCGCCCGAGAAGAAGAUCUCCAUCCUCCUCAAGACCUGCAAGCUCAUCUACGACUCCAUGGCCCUCGGCAACCCAGGGAAGCCCUACGGCGCGGACGACUUCCUGCCGGUGCUCAUGUACGUGCUGGCCCGCAGCAACCUGACGGAGAUGCUGCUCAGCGUGGAGUACAUGAUGGAGCUCAUGGACCCCGCCCUGCAGCUGGGGGAGGGUUCCUACUAUCUGACCACCACCUACGGGGCCCUAGAGCACAUCAAGAACUACGACAAGAUCACGGUGACCCGGCAGCUGAGUGUGGAGGUGCAGGACUCCAUCCACCGCUGGGAGCGAAGGCGCACGCUCAACAAGGCCCGGGCCUCGCGCUCCUCAGUGCAGGACUUCAUCUGUGUGUCAUACCUGGAGCCUGAGCAGCAGUCGCGGACGCUGGCGUCCCGGGCAGACACGGUGGCCCAGGCGCUGUGCGCACAGUGUGCCGAGAAGUUCGAGGUGGCCCAGCCCCAGGAGCACCGGCUCUUCGUGCUGGUGGACGGGCGCUGCUUCCAGCUGGCCGACGAGGCACUGCCACACCGCAUCAAGGGCUACCUGCUGCGAAGCGAGCCCAAGCGCGACUUCCACUUCGUGUACCGGCCCCUGGACGGUGGCGGGGACAGCGGGAACCCACCCUUCCUGGUGGUGCGGGAGCCCAACUUCCUGUGAGGCCUGGCCUCCAGGGCCCUCGCCGUGGCACUAUUUCCUGAGACUGGUGGGACGGGGGGCAGGGACGGGGCCCUCACUCACCCUACCGCCCAGCUGCACCCGCUCAUUCACACAUGUGCCCCCACCUCUGGACACACGAGACCCCCGACAGGGCGCCUCCUGUGUGCGUGCACACCGCCCACUGAACAGGGUGACCCAAAGCACAAAAUAACUGUAAGAAUGACAUGAAGCAGGAGCCAAGGGCACUUCCUGAGGUGGGGUCAUAGCAGAGAGGCCAUGCUCGUCAAUAGAAAGGGAAACCGAGGCUCGGAGAGGGAAGAGGCUGUCCAGCCAGCUGCAGCUAACGGGCCACCCCCUGCUCACACAUGGCCCCUCGGGUCAUUUCCGCUGCCUCGUCGUGCUCACCCCAUCCUUGGCCUUUCCAGGGCUCGUCGUCCAGGGCUACCUGGCCACAGCCGCUCCUCUGCCACUCAGGACGGAGCUGGGAUGUUCUGGAAACACCCAGCAUCUCAGGAGCAUCUCUCAGGGUGUGUGUUGAAGGACAGGCCCCUGCCCCUGCCACGGAGCCUGGCCUCAGCCCCAGUGCCCACAGUCCCCGACAGCACCUGAGCCCCUCCCGAGGCAGCAGACGCCAGGAGCACCAAGCGAGGCCACAGAUGCACACACAAGCCCCACGGCCUCCAGGGGAAGCUGAUGGGCGUCCCCUGGUGGACACGCGGCUGUGACAGCGGUAGGGGAGGCACUGGGGGAGCUUAAUAAAAGCCCUUUUGGAACCGAUGUUUCCUUCUCUGGAGGAACUGGAGCCCUGAGGUCCAUCCCAGGUCCCUGCCCACCCCAACCCUCCCGGGCAGGGCUCAAAAGGCCCUGCCCCCUGCCAGAGCCUGUGGCCCUCAGGGCUCUGGCUCCUGUCCGGCCCUCGACCGGCAUCUUCCGCACUCCCACCGUCCUUGGGUCUUACUGUCCAGCUGCAGAUGACGUCCAGAACCGUCUCCCCUUCCUGCUGCUGCUGCCUCCCCGGCACACCGUCCCGUGAUCUUCAGCUGGUCCGCUCCUACACAUCCUUCAAAGCCCACCUCCGCCAGGAAGCCUUCCCUGACUCCCCCGUUUGGACCAGACAGUCCUUUUCCAUGUUCCACAGCCCCCUGGCUGGUCUUAUCCUCCGCUUUCCUCGAGAGAUCUGUACUGUUCCUGUCUGUCCUUGGCACCAAUUAAAGAUGGGUGUUUGUUGGGUGCUGCUUAAUGUCAG